AUGAAAAAGCAAAACAAGCCUUUUCCUGAAAAAGCAGACCAGAUCAAGAACCCAAUAAGUACCCUGGAGGCAGGAAGGAAGAAGAAAUACACUGUUACUGAGUUCCUGAAGAAGUUACAAAUGAUGAAGAAGAGAAAGAAAACCAUCAGUAAAGAGUUAAUAAAAAACAGCAAAAAUGCAAGACAGAUGGGCAUUGCUAAAGUGUUUAUUCCCACCACUAUCGUGUCAAAGUCAGAGUCUUCUAAAGAGCUUGAACAGCUGCGGAAACUAUUCAUCGGAGGGUUGGGCUUUGAAAUGACAGAUGAAAAUCUUAGAAGCUAUUGGGAGACUCUCAUGGACUCUGUGGUAAUAAGAGAUCCAAAUACCAACCACUAUAGCAGCUUUGGAUUUUUCAAAUAAUCAGCUGUGGAAGAGGUGGCUGCAGCCAUUAAUACAAUGCUCCAAAAGGUGGAUGUGAGGGUUGUGGAAACAAAAAGUCCUAUCUCAAAAGAAUAUUUUUAAAGACCAGGUGUCCAUCUAACUGUGAGAAAGAUCUUCGUGGGUGGAAUUAAAGAAGAGACUAAAGAAUAUCACUUAUGACAAGAUUAUUUUGAAGUGAUUAAAAUCAUGACUGACCAAGGCAGUGGCAAGAAGAGUGACUUUCCUUUUAUAACUCUUGAUGACCAUGACUCUGUAGAUAAAAUCAUUAUUCAGGAAUUUCAUACUGUGAAAGCUCACAACUGUGCAGUAAAGAAAGCCCUGUCAAAGCAAGAGAUUUCCAGUGUCUCUUCUAGCCAAAGAGGUUCUGGAAAUUUUGGUGGUGGCUGUGGAGAUGGUUUUGGUGGAAAUGACAACUUUAGUUCAGGAGGAAACAUCAGUGGACAAGGUGGCUUUGGUGGAAGCUGUGGUGGUGGUGGAGGAUAUGGAGAUGACGAUGGUUAUAAUGGAUUUGGUAAUGAUGGAAGCAACUUUGGAGGUAGUGGAAGCUACAAUAAUUUUGGCAAUUACAAAAAUCAAUCUUUACAUUUUUGACCCAUGAAGGAAGGAAACUUUGGAGGCAGAAGCUCUAACCUUUAUGGUGGUGAAGGUCAAUAUUUUGUCAAGCCAUGAAACCAAGGUGGCUACUAUGGUUCAAGCAGCAGUAUUAACUAUGGCAGUGGCAGAUGGCUUUAA